AUGUCGCUUGUUGCUAUUCUUUCAAUUCUUUUGUGCCGAAGUGGUGGUUCAUCAAGAAUGUCAUGGAGGGAAGAGUUUUCAGAACUGAUACAACUCUUGGAUGAAUCGACUGCUGCAUAUCCGAAUCGGUUGUUUAGCAACACGCCUGAAAAGGACUCGACACCUGUGAGACGGAUUGCAUUUGCAUUCGAAAAUAUGGUAGACCAAUUGAAGAAGCCUUUAGUUCCAUCAACUCAAGCUCUCGCGCAAGCUCUCGUCUACAAAUUUAAUGGACCACAUCGUCGUCAAGGUUACUGGAUGAACUAUAAGAAUCUUUCCCGAGCAUUACGAAAAUAUAAUGAGGAUGAUUUAUUGAAGAGGGUAUCCGAUGUACAUAAGAAGGGAACUGCCAGUGGAGCCGGAUUUUACAUGCCGUCUAGCGAUGUCAUCCGAUAUAUUGGAAGCGCCUACCUGAAAAGGCUUUUUAGGUUGCAACAGAUCCAAGACCUCUGUAUUCGAACUGCUCAUGUCAUUAUGGGACAGCUUGAGUUGGGACAUUGGGAAAAAUUCAGCCUGUUUAUUGUUGCAUUGUGUGCAGAUAUAAAUAAUGGUAUCAGUAAUCAAGUGAGCUCUAUGGAAUCAGCCUAUGCUAGCCUUUCUAGCUUUCUCGUUUCUAUUGAUGAAAGGUUUCCAAAAUGUCUUUCCGACCUAUCCAUAUUCUCUAACCUACGAGGUCGAAUAAGUGCGCAAAAAACUGUCGAUACAGCCAGGGUAAUGCAACUACUGCAACUAACAGAUGAUCAACUAGAAGCGAUGCGUACGAAAGACCAAAUGACUCGAUUCAAAGACGAAAUUCUAUCGAGUAUGGAGACAAACGACGACAGUAUUGAUCUAGGCGUUGUUAUGGAGAGGAAUGGAGAUGAAAAGUCAGAAAGUGAUUUGCCGUCACUGGAUCUCAGAAAGGUGUCAUCCACUGAUUCUGGGUUUGAAAUCGAUUCGGAGCCAUCGACUUCCAUUGCGAACGUUGCCAAUGAAGAAGCUGGUGAAGAUGAAGUGUUUGAAGAAGAAAUAAUAGUGCAAAGAGAACAAAAGACAGGCAAAAAGUUAAGGAAACGGAAGAAAAAGAAUAAGUCGCUGCUUCAACAUACUUUGAAUGCGACUCCUGUCUCAUCUAUAUUCGAAAGCACAGAUACUCAGUAUGAUGACAGUUCAUUGAUGGAUAGCAGCAAAAUAUGCAGGAGGAAGAAAAUGAAGAGAAAAUCAAAUGAAAAUGAGGACGAUUCGCUAAUUUCACCUCUUCUUGCUUCAUCUCCCCUUACUUUCUCCUCUGAAGUAGUCAGAAGCACGAAAAAGGGAAAGAAGAAGAGGUUAUUACGGAAAGUGCUGUCCACAAAUUUGGAUCUGCCGACGCCAGAGGACAUGGAACGCUCUUCGUUGUUACCCUCCAGUCAAACAUCACUUGCUACGCCUAGUAGGAAAAUGAAGAAGAAAGCUGAGGAAAAUAAAAGCAUGGACAAGGGUGCUGUGACCAGAAAAAGAAAAUCAAUUGAUACCUUUGAUGGUUCUUCGUUCAAAGUUAUCUCAAAGAAGAAAAAGAAAAGGCAGAUUGUGUGA